GUUUCGUGGGCCGCGUGGUGCUCGAGAAGCUUUGACAUGGCCCUCCAAGGCCCCUGCAUCCUCCUCGCGCAACCCUGCCGUACUGGUCGACCGUCGUCCUCGUCCUGGUUCCGCCUCGAGGAGGACGCCGAGGAGCAGCAGGGGUGCCGCGGAGGCGCCGAGGGCGUGUGCUGGCAGGCCCUCAUGCAGCGCUUCCCCUCGCUCCUGGAGCUCUACCCGGGCGCCGCGCUGAGCGACAGCGAGGGCGAGGAGCCGGAGGCCGAGGCCCCCGAGGCGGGCGCGGGCACGCCCCAGGAGCCCGCCGGGCAGCCCGCCGCGCGCUCCGGGGGCGGCUCCAGCGCCGCCACGCCGGCGCCCCCCGCCCCGGUGGCACCGCAGGGGUCGCCAGGCGGCGAAGGCGCCGGCACGGCCCGGCCAGACCGAGCUCGCGCAGAGCUCCGGAGCUGGGCCGCGGCUCAGCAGGAGGUCGACCGGGCGCGGCGGGCGCUGGAGCAGCGCGAGAGGGACGUGGCCCAGCGCGAGUGCGCCGCCGCGAGGGUCGAGAGGCGCCAGGCCCUUGCUGCGCGGCGGCUCGAGGAGCUGCGGCAGCGGCUGGACGAGUACGGGGAGGACAUCGGGGAGGGUAUCGCGGACCUGGCGGCGCAGCGGCGCGCCCUGCGGGGCGAGCGGCGGCGCGGCGAGGUGCGCCUGCGGGGCCCGGCGUGCUCCGGGCUCGCGAGGACCGACGGCUACUGGAUGCCCCCGAGGUCAGGCGCCGGGAAGUGCGCACGCAGCGGG